CCGCCGCCACCCACAUACACACCAGCUGCCGCAGGGCAAGUUACAUUGCAAAACUGCCUUCCCAAACCGACAGGAUCAAGUCUGGUUAAGCCCCAAUACAAACUCCGCAAGAGCACCCGAAAUACACCAGGUAACCGUGGUCACGUAGGCUGCCACCUGAACCGCGCUCCACGGAAGCACGCAAGGACCGAGUACGCAGGCCCGCGUGCUCCCUCCCUCGGUAAUCGGCUAGUCGCUCCUGAUAUGGUUCGGCGCUCGUCUCUCCGCCUUUGCGCUUGCGUCCUACGGCUCCUGCCCGACGCCGCGGCCGGAUCGGGAAGUGUCAAGCGGGAGCCGGCUCCCCGAGCGCCUUCGCUUCGCCGCCACCACUGCUGACCCCAGAGCCCCUAAUAGGCGUGGGCCCAGCCACCAUGACGAACGUAUACUCUUUGGAUGGGAUUGUGGUUUUUGGGCUGCUGUUUGUUUGUACCUGUGCCUACUUCAAGAAAGUACCUCGUCUUAAGUCCUGGCUGCUGUCAGAGAAGAAGGGUGUUUGGGGUGUGUUUUACAAAGGUAAGCUCCUAUCUCUCCAGGGAGAGACCAUCUCCAACUCUAGACACUGCUGUGAUUGGAACCCGGCUGCAUGCUGCAGUGGCGAUUGCCUGUGUUGUCAUGGCCUUUUACGUCCUGUUUAUAAAAUGAAUUCCAAAGCACCCAGCUCAUCAACUGCCAACGGAGGGGACCAGGGUGAAGAGCCUCUCGGGAGCCUGGGCCCAGCAUAGCAGAUGUCAACUGAAAUCAUCAGUCCCCAGAUUGGCGCCACAGCACCCUCCCUUACCACGUGGGGGAGAGCGCCUCAUGGUCGCAAACAUUGUGUAUGCUUCAGGGGACUCCAGAGAGCCACUUCUUUUGAUUGAUGUGUAAAUCAGUUUUUGGCAGAGAGUAUAUGAUUUCCAGAUACGUUGCAAGAUAAGAUUCCAUACUUCCUGCUUACAGACCUUACAAACCUGUCACCUGUUCUGUUCUUCAGCCCCUCUUCAGGACCUUUUCCAAACCGAGACUCGGUGGGGAAGGCUAUGUUCACACCGCCUAGAAGAGAUUAUUUUCAAGACUUAUUUUUCCCCUCUGUUGGAUUUGCAUUUGGCAAACUGGGAACAUGGGGGAGGCCUGGGUGCGAUGCCAAGAAAUCGUUUGGCUUUGGCAAUGUGUCUUUCAUAUACCCAUCUGGGAACUUAAGGGAGCGACAUGGCCCUCACUGCAAAAACAGAACAGAUCAGUAGCCGUGCUAUGUGCUGGUAGCUUGGGAGGUUUGCCGAGAGAACCUGGGCCUCCCUAAGAGUUGAGAAAUUACAAUCUGUGUGUGGUGAGACCAGAAAAUAGUAACAACCUGAAAAAAAUGUUCUGUGCACCAGUAUCCUCACCUGGAGACUUCACCCAAUCGAACGGUGUAUGGAGAGUGAAUCAACUGUUGCUACUUUCCUAAGGCCUUUUUAUAUUUUCUAAAUUACUUAGUGCUAAAUACUGUUACUCCAGCAGUUUUUAAUGCCUCCGCUAGGGGAAAGAGAAGCUAUUGAAGAAGUAAUUGUUUAAUAUAUUUGCAGUUAAGGUGGAAGAAAUAAAUCUAGUAUUUUAAUUCAUAUACUAGUAAAGUCAUCUUGUAUAAGAGUUUACGAUGAUAUUCAAUGGCUGUUUUGUCAUGUUAUCUAAGAUGCACAUUUCUUCUUUGGUUACAUGUGGAUUGCUAACUGGCAACCUUUCGUUGAUUGUGUUUUUUUCUGGUCAACUCUUCAUUUUCUUCUUCCAGGACUCUUUAGCUGUUCUGAGGAAAUUCUGUUCACUGUAAGAACUUGAGAAAUUUGAAUGAAUAAGGACUGCUGAUAUCCAUAAGCAUAUUUGGACAGGUCCUAGAAUCCAUGAAUAAAACGAAGGUGUUGUCUUAUUUUCUGAAGUAAAGAACAGGUUUGCCAUAGAAAUUGGUAGCCUUUUUUUGGGAGGUGGUAAUUUCAGAGGCAGAUCAUUUUAGCUGGGAAGAUCUCUUCAUUCCCUCCUCAGUGGUAGAAGGGUCAGCUACUGUACCUAUCAUCCGGGAACUUCUUUGUUAAGAGAAAGAGAGAGUAGAUUUUAAAAUCAUGUUGUCAAAAGAAGCAUAGACAUAGGUCCACCAGUUGUACUGCCCAGAAAGGUAAGAGCAAGAGGAACAUCCCUGGAUUAUCUGUGGACAAGUUAGCUGUAGUUGACCCCUGUGUGGCACUGAAUUCUGUCUUCUGUCCUCCCAAAAGAAGUAAAGCUGCUAGGAAUGUUAAGUUCUAAAAUAGGCAAUGUAGGAUUUGCAGUAGUCGAAAGCCAUCAAGUAAACACUACAUGUGUACUCAUCUCGGAGUUUUGGCCGUUUUCAGGAAUGGGCCACGGUAAAUUUCAGUUUGUUUCCCAUGGGCAUUUCUGAGGACCUUGCGUUGAGUGCUGAGAUCUAGUGGAACUGGGAAGAAGAGUUACACCUUGGGGGUGUGAGCUGGGAACCUGCUGACAGAAGGGAACGUCGCUCUGGAAACAGGUUCAGCAUAUUUUGCACUUAUUUUGUAGCUUUAAUGACUGGUGUUCUCUUAAAGGCUAUGUCUCUGAGGUUGGCCCUUGGAACGGCAUCAUAUUUUAGACUAGCUCCGUUUCACAGUUCUAGUUCGGAGAAACUUCCACAGCCUUCUGGAUGGGGCAUCUUGACCUAAACACUUGAGUUGUUAUAUUUUGAAAUGUUUUCAUAUCAGAAGUACCAAAAAGUGCACAGGGUGAAGAUAACUUGCAGCAAGAAGCCGCCAGUUGAUUCUUGUCAGCAGAUAAGCAGAGGCGUGUUGAAUGUGUUCUUUGGUGGCUGUGUCUGACGCAGUUCUGACGAUCAAUUACAGGAUGUUGUUCUGCUGGGGAGUCUUUGCGAGGUGAAGGAAUGGGGAGAGCAAUAUUGCCUGAAGAGCCAGCAGGCCUCACCACAAACCCUGUGUGCCAGGGUAGAUUGAAGUCAGCUCCUUUUUUAUAGUUGAAAUACAGUUUUUUAUCCACCAUUGUCUGCACAGAUCCUUGAAAAUAAAAUUUCUUUCCCUACA